AUGUUUUCCACAAAUCCUAACUACACUAAGCUCAAAACUCACUUGAGACUUGCUAUAAAUAGGCUGAAAUUGCUAGAGAAGAAGAAAACGGAAUUAGCUCAGAAAGCCAGGAAGGAAAUCGCUGAAUAUAUUGCUGCUGGUAAAAGCGAGAGAGCUAAGAUACGCGUGGAACACAUCAUCAGAGAGGACUACAUGGUGGAAGCUAUGGAAAUAGUGGAGAUGUACUGUGACCUCAUACUGGCAAGGUUUGGCCUUGUGACCCAGAUGAAGGAGCUUGAUGAAGGACUUGCUGAGGCGAUCUCCAGCCUCAUAUGGGUUGCUCCUAGAAUGCAUACUGACGUUCAGGAACUGAAAAUAAUAUCAGACCUACUCACAGCAAAAUACGGAAAGAUCUAUGCGGAUGCCUGUAGAAAUGAAAAUGUGAAUACUUUGAGUGACAAAUUGAAACACAAGAUGUCGGUACAAAGUCCGCCUAAGAUACUUGUCGAGAGGUACCUGAUAGAGAUAGCUAAGAAUUAUAAUGUUGAGUAUGUACCUGAUGAACAAGUUAUGAGGGAGGAAGAAGGUCGGGACGCAAUGUUAAUAGACAUUAACGGUCCUCCAAUGCCGCCUGGUUUCAUUGGUUACCCGCAGCAACCAACUAUGACCAUGCCCAACCUGCCGCCGCCGCCACCACCAACAGUCACUCCGUUUGCUUAUCCUUCUCAACCAUCGGGCGGGAAAGUAGGUGGUUUUAUCGCGACACCGCCGGCUUCGUAUGGCGGGCCCAGUCAGUCACCAAUGGGCUACCAUCUACCUCCUGGAGUCGAUUCUAAAUCCUUAAGCAAUAGCUUCUUGCAGGAUGAAAUGAGCAAUCUACCUCCUGCUUAUGACAGCAUCCACCAUGAUUUGCCGCCACACGUCCCGAGUCCACCAGCCCCGAACGUGCCGACGCCGCAGCCCCGCUCUCGAGUCCCCCCCAACCCGAAUCACUUCCCAGAGCUCCCCGACCUGCCAUCGGUACCAUCAGACCUCAUCCUCCCAUCAGUGCCUCACAGUAACAACUCAAAUACUUCAAACAAUCAUCCCAACGCGCCCAAUGCCCCUGAUGAAAUAGAUUUCGAUGAUCUGAACCGUCGCUUCGAAGAGUUGAAAAAGAAAAAAUAA